CUGUAUCUUCCGAGCAGGAGUUGGAAUGUGGUGUUUGAAUUAAAGAGUUUCUGGAAUGUGGGAAUGUGGGAUUCUCGAGCAGAUUUGUUGAGGUAGGGACAGGGUGAUGUUACUGAUGGUGGAGCUCCGCUCAAAGUCUGAGUGUGUGAGUGUGAGAGAACAACGUGUGUCAAUGAGCAGAGUAGGAGAUGAGUGAAUGUGGCACUGGGAUUGAGGUUGGUGGGGGGAGAUGGUGUGGGUUUGGAUUCUCCCAGCUCUGGUCAUCCUCAUAUCUAACCUCCCGUCCCUGGUACAGGUGGGAACUCGCGCACUGCAAUGAUUGCGGCUCUCAGCCCUGCGGAUAUUAACUACGAGGAGACCCUCAGCACACUCAGAUAUGCAGACAGAGCCAAACAGAUCAAAUGUAAUGCGGUCAUCAACGAGGAUCCCAACGCCAGGCUGAUCUGGGAACUCAAGGAGGAGGUAGCCAGACUGAGGCAGCUGCUGUCGAAGCAAGGUCUCAGCAUCAUGGACAGCGUACAAUUUGAGGAGAACAGCAAUUCACAGCCAAGCCCUCGGCCCAUGGUGCUUGAAGGUGUCGAAAGUUUCCUCACAGCCUCGAUCCCCAGUCGGGAGGAGGAUUCAGCCCCACAACCCUCCCCCCUGCCCAGCCCCCAGGGGCAGGUUGAGGGGCAGCUGAAUGGCCAGCUGCUAUCCAGUGAGGAGGCGAUGGAUCGACUGCAGGUGAGAUUGCUUUGGUCUAAAUGA